UGGAUGGGCGGGGCUUCAGCUCAGUCACUGUACUGAAUAGCUAGAAUGCUGUGACACUAAUGUACUGUAGCGGUACUUUUUAUAUUCUACGUUCAUGCUGAAAAUAUGAUACUACAGACUUUCAGACCGGCAGUGGCCUUUCUUCGUAGCAGGAGCGCCAUAUCGAGACUUUACCAUGCAGAGAAAGUCGCGACACUGGGCUCCCAGCCAGACGUACAGUCUCCCGUGUAUCAGGAAAACUAUGAACGUAUGCAAGUACUGGUCAAGGAGCUGAAAGACAGAGCAGAAAAGAUAAAGCUUGGAGGAGGAGAGAGAGCUAGGAACCUGCACACAUCCAGAGGAAAGCUUUUGCCUCGGGAGCGCAUUGACAGGCUGCUGGACCCGGGUUCUCCAUUUCUGGAGUUUUCCCAGUUUGCUGCUUAUGAAUUGUACGGUAAUGAGGAGGUGCCUGCUGGAGGAAUCAUCACUGGCAUUGGCAGGGUGUCCGGGCUGGAGUGUAUCAUAGUUGCAAACGAUGCCACUGUCAAAGGAGGCACCUAUUAUCCAGUUACUGUGAAGAAGCACCUUCGUGCUCAGGAGAUUGCACAGCAGAACCACUUGCCAUGUAUAUACCUGGUGGACUCUGGAGGGGCCAACUUACCCCGCCAGGCUGAUGUGUUUCCUGAUAGAGAUCACUUUGGACGCAUCUUUUACAACCAGGCACGCUUGUCCUCAGAGGGCAUUGCACAGAUUGCUGUAGUGAUGGGCUCGUGUACAGCAGGGGGCGCCUAUGUCCCCUCCAUGGCAGAUGAAAGUAUCAUUGUGCGCAAACAAGGGACCAUUUUUCUUGGGGGACCUCCACUGGUAAAAGCUGCUACAGGUGAGGAAGUCUCUGCUGAAGACCUUGGAGGUGCUGACCUUCACUGCAGAAAAUCUGGUGUAACUGAUCACUACGCCUUAGAUGAUGAUCAUGCUCUUCACCUAGCACGGAAAGCAGUGCGCAACCUGAACUACCAGAAGAAACUGGAUGUUACUGUGGAACCUCCUGAGGCUCCGUUGUUCCCCGCUGAUGAGCUUUAUGGAAUUGUGGGAGAAAACUUGAAACGAAACUUUGACAUCAAAGAGGUGAUUGCCCGUGUAGUUGAUGGCAGUAAAUUUGAUGAAUUCAAGGCUUUCUAUGGAGACACACUGGUAACAGGCUUCGCACGGAUAUUCGGUUAUCCAGUCGGGAUCAUUGGCAAUAAUGGAGUGCUGUUCUCCGAAUCAGCAAAGAAAGGAACUCAUUUUAUUGAGCUGUGCUGUCAGAGGAACAUUCCCCUGAUCUUCCUUCAGAACAUCACAGGAUUUAUGGUUGGAAGAGAGUACGAGGCAGGUGGCAUUGCUAAGGACGGUGCUAAGAUGGUGACAGCUGUGGCCUGUGCUAAUGUGCCCAAGAUCACUGUAAUCAUCGGAGGAUCCUAUGGGGCUGGAAACUACGGCAUGUGUGGAAGAGCAUACAGUCCCCGAUUCCUGUACAUGUGGCCAAACUCGCGCAUCUCAGUGAUGGGAGGAGAGCAAGCAGCAAAUGUGCUGGCCACCAUUACUAAAGAUCAGAAAGCCAGGGAAGGCAAAGAGCUGACAGCAGAACAGGAGGCUGCUUUGAAGGAGCCUAUUAUCAGACGAUUUGAGGAAGAGGGAAGUCCAUAUUACUCCAGUGCCAGACUAUGGGAUGAUGGAAUCAUCGACCCUGCUGACACGCGCCUCGUCCUGGGACUCAGUCUGAGCGCCGCUCUCAACGCCCCCACACAGAAGACUCGCUUCGGCGUCUUCAGGAUGUGAAGCGACAGUCUCACUCCUCCAUUUCUUGGGUUCUUUGGCGAUUCUGAAGAGAGAACUCUGUUCCUGUUCGUCACUGUUACUGUUUUGUCUUUUUUUAUCUGUUUGACAUGAGCAGUAAAAUGGUUGAUACUA